UGGGCAGCUAACGACGUUGAGGACUGCGAAUUUCUAAUUUCUAAUUUCCAAUUUUCCAAAUCGAAAGAAAGAUGGCUGAAGAAUCGACGCGGCCCCCCGUCAGGCUUAUGAAUUUCGUGUCGGAGGAGCAGUUAGAUGAAGCAAAGAGAAGGAGAGGCGAACGCGUCGAAGAUGGCACUGCCCAAAGGGAUAGACCCCUUUACGAGAUUUUAAAGGAAAAUAAAGACAAGAAGGACGCUGAAUUCAACGAACGCUUCAAGCACAGGCCUCCUAAAGCUUUGGAUGACGACGAGACUGAGUUUCUUGACAAAUUAGAACUUUCAAGGAGGGAAUAUGAGCAACAAGUGGCCGAUGAGGAAGCCCAACAGCUUCGGAGUUUCCAAGCAGCAGUAGCAGUACAGUCUAUGAUUGUACACGAGCUUAAGGAAACGCCUCCUGUUCCCGUAGUCCAGGAACAGAAGGCAGCUGGAAAGAAGAAUCUUCCUGCUCGUCCCAUAGGUAUGAUCAUAAAAGUCAAGCCACAAGCAAAAAAAGCCAGGUUGGAUCAGGGAGGUGUUGAAGAUUCCUCAAAAACAAAGAAAACUGUCGAUAUCAAUACAGAAGAAACUUCUCAUACCGGUAGAUCUAGUGAUGUUGUUAAGACUGGUCUGGUUUCUUAUAGUGAUGGAAGUGAUGAAGAUGAUUAGAUAGUUUUGUAAUUGGUAUCUUUAAGGAAACAUUAUCGGUUUUUUGAAUGACUAUGUUUCUUUUUUUUAUUGAUAUCAGGCUUUCUAAAUAGACAGGGAAAAGCGGGAAAGUUUAUGGGCCCGUUUAGUUCGUUGAUUCAA